CCACCCCCCCCAUGGACAUGCUGGACCCGGGUCUGGAUCCUGCUGCCUCGGCUACCGCUGCUGCUGCCGCCGCCAGUCACGACAAGGGACCCGAGGCAGAGGAGGGCGUCGAGCUGCAGGAAGGCGGGGACGGCCCUGGGGCGGAGGAGCAGACGGCGGUGGCCAUCGCCAGCGUCCAGCAGGCGGCGUUCGGCGACCACAACAUCCAGUACCAAUUCCGCACAGAGAAUAAUGGAGGACAGGUGACAUACCGCGUAGUCCAGGUGACUGAUGGUCAGCUGGACGGCCAGGGCGACACAGCAGGCGCCGUCAGCGUCGUGUCUACGGCUGCCUUCGCGGGGGGGCAGCAGGCUGUGACCCAGGUGGGUGUGGAUGGGGCCACCCAGCGCCCCGGCCCCGCUGCUGCCUCUGUGCCCCCAGGUCCCGCAGCGCCCUUCCCACUGGCUGUAAUCCAAAAUCCCUUCAGCAAUGGUGGCAGCCCGGCAGCUGAGGCUGUCAGUGGGGAGGCACGAUUUGCCUAUUUCCCAGCGUCCAGUGUGGGAGAUACCACGGCUGUGUCCGUACAGACCACAGACCAGAGCUUGCAGGCUGGAGGCCAGUUCUAUGUCAUGAUGACGCCCCAGGACGUGCUUCAGACAGGAACGCAGAGGACAAUUGCACCCCGGACACACCCCUACUCCCCGAAAAUCGACGGAACCAGGACACCACGGGAUGAGAGAAGGAGAGCUCAACAUAAUGAAGUGGAGCGGAGGCGGAGGGACAAGAUCAACAACUGGAUCGUCCAGCUUUCAAAAAUCAUUCCAGAUUGUAAUGCAGACAAUAGCAAGACAGGAGCGAGUAAAGGAGGGAUCCUGUCGAAGGCCUGCGACUACAUCCGGGAGCUGCGCCAGACCAACCAGCGCAUGCAGGAGGCCUUCAAGGAGGCCGAGCGGCUGCAGAUGGACAGUGAGCUCCUGAGGCAGCAGAUCGAGGAGCUGAAGAACGAGAACGCCGUGCUCCGCGCCCAGCUGCAGCAGCACAACCUGGAGAUGGUGGGCGAGAGUGCCCGGCAGUGACGCCGUCCGCAGCGUGCGGCGCGGGCCGCCUCCGGGCCCCUGCCGUCCCUUUCCCCAGCCCUUAGCACAGAGAGGGACAGACGCCCCUCCCCCAGCUGCGUUUUUUAUAGUAGAUUUUUAACAAAAAACGGGGAGAAAUAAUGAAUUUCUGUGGAUAAGCACCCACUGCUCUCCUCAACUUGGAAACAAUAUCCUCCCUGCCCGUCUGUCUGUCUCCCUUCUCCCGGCCCCUACUCAGCCCUGGCACUUCUAGUGGCCUCACCUGGAGGCAAGAGGAAGGAGGACAGAGCCCCUGCCAUACCCCACUGCCUCCUUGGACUCUAGAGGUACUGAGACAGGGUGCUUAUGGGAAGGAGGGGAGCCUUUGGGGGGCCCGCCCUGGGGCCUGGACCUAAGCAGGGAGGCCAUGUCCCACCCCACCUCUUGUUUCUGGAACCCUGCUCCCCUUUGGGUGUGUGAGUGUGUUCUAAUUUUCUUUAUGGAAAAAAAUGGACAAAAAAAAAUAGAGAGAGAGAGAGGUAUUUAACUGCAAUAAACUGGCCCCAUGUGGCCCCGCCUUGUC